AUGGCGUCUACUGUGAUGCGUAAUUGCGCGAAAAUAUUCUGUAGCUAGCAGAGAAAAGGCUUUUACCGGGCGAUAUUUUAAAUGACAGACAUCUGUAGUUUAAUGUUGUCUUUUACACAUUUUACAGUAAAAUAAAGCAAAGCGGCUUGUUAACUGGUGAAAAGCAGGGUUUUCUUGUCUGAGUGAUUGUGACCGUGCACCAUUCAGCUUCUCAGUUUAGCAGCAGAGGUGAAGUGAUGGAAUCAUCCUGUCCCCCAGAAUCGGCUGAUCAGGAAGUGAACCCUGUGUUCCUUCAGCAGCUCAGAGAACUAGAUAUCCCCGAAGAGGCAGCCAAACAGGCACUCCUACACACAAGGAAUGUGUCUGCUGAGGAGGCAGCAAUGUACUACUUCAACAAACUGGAGAAUGAGGAAGAAGGGGAUGAAGAUGUCAUGUUUAAGAUGGUUUUCGUGGUGAACAUGGAGCUGUCGAUGGGCGUGGGAAAGGUGGCGGCACAGGUGGGUCAUGCAGCGGUUGCUCUGUACCAGGCCAUGCAGGAGAAGAACACUUGGAGAGAAAUGGCAUGGAAGUGGGACCAUGCUGGGGCUAAGAAGAUUGUGCUACAGGGCACUAACAUGGCACACCUUUUGGAGUUGCAGGCUCUUGCUAUGAGUCUUAACCUCCCUGCAAAACUGAUACAGGAUGCUGGACUUACACAGGUGGAGCCGGGCUCUAGCACUGUGCUGGCCAUCAUGGGAGAGGAGGAGAUGGUGAAUAAUGUAACAGGCAGUCUGAAACUCCUCUAAGCCCUAAGGAACUACUGUGGAAUUACAUGUCAUGUACAUGUCAAGAUUAUCCACAGGAAAGCAGAACAGCCCUACAGCAGCAGUGCUUGCCGCAUGCUUUAAAAAAAAACCAUCAUCAAGCAGAUUCAAUAGCAUUUCCAUAUUCUUAUUAACUGUCUUCUAUACAUACACACAGAUAACACUAAUGUUGUAUAAGGUAGGAGAAGGGCUCGGUUUAUGUUUUAUUCCAGGUUAAUCUAAUGUUUACAGUGUGCUCACAUUUCUUAAUGUUAAGAAAAUAAUUCAAAGUAUGUAAACAACAUUUAAAGACAUGAACAUAUCAGUAUGUGAGAAAAAUGGGUAGAUGUGACCAAGUUAUAGCCUGUAAUAUAAAGCACAUACGUUUGAGACUAGUAUUUUGGUGAAUCAAACUAGUCUUUGUAAAAGAGCUGAUUGAAUAUAAAUUACACAUGAAGCAUUGUCUGUGGAUGUCAUCAGUCCUCAUCAAAACUCCACGUUCACUGCUUAAUCUGCAAGGGGCUUCCUUUGUUAUUAAUUGUGAUGUACAAAUCUAUGUAUGUAUAAAGCUUUCAUGUAAUGUAAACGUGAUGUGAUACCUCUUUCUACCAAACCCUGUAAUUUGGAAAAAAAACAAACAUGAAUGCAUACCGACAUGGAAGAAAACACCAAAAUAUCAAAGCCAUACAUUUAUUGUGGAGUGCCAUUGUUAAUUUUUGUCAGUUUUGGGAAGGUUCUUUUUAUAUUCAGUUCUAUUUAUGUAUUUACUCAGUGCUAAAUGUCAAUUCUAGGACUAAAGAUGUUGCAAUAAUAUUGACAUGUUAUGUGUCUUUUCUCUCAAUUAAAAUUGUAAUGUUUGUAGUGUUACCAGAUUAGAGCUUGUGUUUAAAUUUGCAACACAAUUACUUUUACCAGCAUAUCUUUGUAUCGUUGCAUGUCUAAAUUUUCUUCUAUUGUCACUGUCGUUAGCUAGUGUUAAUGUAAUUUAAUUAUUGAGAUUUUUUUGAUUGGUAGGGUGGCACAGUUUAGAUUUCCUCCCACCUCAGAAAACAUUCUAGAAUGUGGAUUGGUUGCACUUUGUCUCUAGGUGUGAUGUGUUGAUGUAAUGUCAUUCUGUCCAGGGUGUUUUAGAAAGCAUUAUCUAUACUAAACACUGAAAUGCGUUAACUUCAA